CCUCGUUCUUAGCUUCUCAGCCCUGCAUGCGGAACCACAAACAGGUUUAUGAUCUACCCAAUAGGAUUCUCCACAUACAACACAUAGCUCUUGACAUGACAGACAUGAACUCUUGAGCUCAUGAGAUUGUGAGCUUAUAAGCUUUACGACCGCGUGAGUAGCAACGCCGUGCCACGCUAACCCCGCUCGCGACUAGACUCCCUUCCUCUUCCCCUUCCACUUCCCAUUCAGCCCUCCCCCAGUCUCCGGUCAUCGCAGUGGAGUUCCUAGAGCUAGGUGAAAGAAUCAUUUUCCUUCUGUCCACGAUCUGCUAUGAUUGGCAGAUAAGACCCUGGAUACCCAAUCCCGAGCCUUCUCGAUUACGAAUGAGGAGAUGCCAUGGCUGGUUGGCUCGCAGAGCAAACUCACCGAUAGGAUCGCGAACUCUUUACUCGAGCGUCAUUUUAUGGGUUCGGUAGGUAUAUUUCCCAUGUCGUGUGCUAGAUAGGUAAUCGUAUUUUUGGGUAUUAGAGGGUUUCCCACACUACCAAUGUUGAAAAUUUUGAUAAUCAGCAGCUAAAAACCCAAUUUUCCUCUCUUUUAAUCCUCUCGUCUUUCCCUUCUCCCUUCUCUAUCUCUAGUAGUUUCUCUCACCAAACCUUACCUUGCCAUCAAGGUUUCCAAUCAGGUUAUGAGAUAAGUUUUCAAAAUGGAGGCAUCACUAUUCGCGACUCUUGUCCAAGUCGAAUCAAACUCGCUCACGCGCGAGCAUACUCUCCCAGCGGCUCCGCAGAGAGUAGUAUCUAGGACUUAUCCUGCCGUCCCUCAGCAAGACCCUAUUGAGCUUACAUCUCUCCGAUACGCCCGCAAUGACAACAAUUCCUCUACUGCUACAACCCCCCGGGAGGAGAUUGACCUUGAAAUGACUGCUCCAGGAACACCAAUCGAGUCAGCCGAACCGGUAGAUGCUGUCGAUGCUUUACCAGGUUUGAACGAUCCGCCUAUGAAUAAAUUUCGUUUGGCAGCUUGUUGCCUCCAAAACUUCAUGGCGGGAUUGACUGAUUCCGCCCCUGGUGCUCUUAUUCCGUACAUGGAAGCCGACUAUAACAUCGGAUAUGCCGUAGUAUCUCUCAUUUUCAUCGGAAAUGCUAUGGGCUUUAUCAUGGCGGCGCCUUUCGUCGACCAGAUUCGGCAACGCUUUGGGAGGGCCAAGGCUAUUGCCCUUUCUCAAAUUUGCAUGGGAAUCGGGUAUAUCCCCUUUAUCUGUACAGCGCCAUUUCCUCUAGUCGCCAUAUCUUAUUUUCUACUCGGCUUUGGAUGCGCUAUUCAGCUGGCUAUUGGUAACGUGUUCUGUGCAAACUUACGCAAUAACACAACGAUGUUAGGGGCUAUGCAUGGUAGCUAUGGCGCUGGUGGUAUCGUCGGCCCCCUCGUCGCAACGGCCAUUGUGUCUUCUGGUGCCGCCUGGAGCCGGUACUAUUUCUUGACUCUCGGUUUUGCCAUCUUCAACACCUGCUUCUCGACCUGGUCAUUCUGGAACUACGAGAAGGAACUCGGUGGCGUCGAAUCGAAUAUACUGGCUGAGACCAGCUCCCGCGGCGAUAUGUCUAUGAUGCUUUUCGCCUUUAAGUCCAGGGUCGUUAUCCUAGGAGCCAUCUUCAUCUUCGCAUACCAAGGAGCCGAAGUAUCGAUCUCUGGAUGGGUUAUCUCCUUUUUGAUAUCUGCACGCAACGGAGAACCUUCAUCCGUCGGAUACGUGACUUCUGGUUUUUGGGCUGGUAUCACUAUCGGCCGGUUCUGUCUCUCACCUAUUAGCUCCAGAAUUGGCGAGAAGCUAUUCGUGUAUUUCCUCGUUGUUGGCGCCGCCGUCUUUCAACUGCUGGUCUGGUUAGUUCCCAACAUCGUCGGUGAGGCCGUAUCGUUGGCUAUCGUCGGACUACUUCUCGGUCCUGUUUAUCCUUGCGCUGCUGCUAUAUUUACGCGAAACUUAUCGCGCCGCGAGCAGGUUAGCGGCAUGGGAAUUAUCAGUGCUUUUGGUAGUUCUGGUGGUGCUAUGGCCCCGUUCACUACCGGUCUCCUCGCUCAGGCUGUUGGGACAUUCGUUAUGCAUCCCGUUGCCAUUGGCUUGUUUGCGGCUAUGUUGGUGUGUUGGUUCGUGUUGCCUGACGUGAGGAAGAGAACGGAGUAACGAGUAUGAUAAUUCAUAAUAUUGAAUUGGGUCUCGAUUACCUAGGUAUUGAUGGAAUGACAAGGGAAUUGUUUUUGGACGCAUAGGUAGGGUUGCGUAAGUAGGCAUUCAUAUGGAUGACGGAAAACUUUCUUCAGGGGGCUAAGAUGAUAUCCUUGGGAAAAGGUGAUGGCUGUCAUGGGUAGUUGAGGUACCUAGGUAGGUAAUUAUUUAUACGGCAAGGUGGUUGGUGAUAUUACAGAUUACGAUACCUACUCUCUGCACGUUAAAAGCAUAUGCCAUAAUACUAAUCCAUUCCUUCGUA